AUGAUAUCAUGGGGAUCUAUUUCUUCACCAUUACCUUUUGCUCCCGGGCCGCAUACCGGCGCUGUGGAGGAAGCAGCUAGGCUUAUCGGUUCCGCAAAGCGGCCCGCGAUUAUUAUUGGUGCGGGAGGGAAUUCAUCGCAAGAGCAAAGCCGGAGAACAACUGACCAAACUCUCCAAAGCAUGUGGCAUACUCAUCUUCGACACAACAAAAUGCAUGAUGUCCACCAUCCCCCCACAAUUCGAACUUCUAAGGCGGACCAGCUAGGAAACUCGCCAUUCCUUCCAUGA